AUGUCGUCGGUUCGUGUAGUUGGCGAUAUGCUGCACCUCAGCGCUAUCUUGAUCCUCUUAUCGAAGAUGCUGCGUCAGCGCUCUGCUGCCGGCAUCUCACUCAAGUCGAUGGAGUUGUUUGCCAUUGUCUUCUGUACGCGCUACCUUGAUGUGCUGUUUUCCUUCAUUGGCAUCUAUAACACCACCAUGAAGAUUUUCUUCAUCGCCUCGACGCUGCACAUCUGCUAUUUGAUGAAGUUCAAGAGUCCGUGGAAGGCGACUUACGAUCGCGACAACGACACCUUCCGCAUCCGCUACCUCAUCGUUCCGUGCGCGGUGCUCUCCAUCCUGUUUCACGGGACACCGCGGCGCAGCAUCGUUAUCGAGCUGUGUUGGACCUUCUCGCAGUACUUGGAGGCUGUCGCGAUUCUGCCGCAGAUCUUCCUGCUCGAGUACACCGAGCGGUACGAUGCACUGACGUCUCACUACCUCUUCUGCCUCGGCGCGUACCGUGUCAUGUACAUGAUUCAUUGGGCGAUUCGCUACUAUAUCUAUCACAAAGUGCGCUGGAUCUCGGUCAUCAGCGGGCUUGUGCAGUCGCUGCUCUACGUCGAUUUCUUCUAUCACUACGUGGUGCAGGUGCUACGGAAGGCAAAGCAGCGGUACGAGCUGGCCAAGUAG